CUGACUUGUCUUUGUUCGGUGACGUCACAGAAGAACUCGGUUUAUACGAGAGAGAAAAGAACACGGUGCUUUCAGAUACUCACUGAACUUUGUGCGAUUAAGGUGAUUAUUGUAGUUGCUCUUAUCAAGAGAGAAAAAUGAAUAAGUUUCCGAGUGCACUUGGCGCUGGUGGAGAGGAACUUCCGCUGCGCCCCCUGCUGUACACGGCCGGAGCUGCAGCCACCGCAGCCGACAUUUACGAUUAUGUGAAACGAGGCGAUGGAAUGAAAACAACAUCGGACCCCGAGGUCACAACUGAAGACCCAGUGUGCGAAGAGGCCACGGAACCGGCUCUGUUCCACCCCACAGAGGUUCCUCAGAACCAGGAGGGUUUGGCAGUUAUGAAGGAGGAAGAAAUGAAGUUUGUACUCCAGCUGGAGGAGAGAGUGAGGGAGCUGGAGGAACAACUCUGUGAGGCACGCAGUGAUGACAUGGAAAGCAAGGGUUUGGCAGUUAUGAAGGAGGAAGAAAUGAAGUUUGUACUCCAGCUGGAGGAGAGAGUGAGGGAGCUGGAGGAACAGCUCUGUGAGGCACGCAGGGAUGACAUGGAAAGCAAGGUCUCCCUGGCUGAAGCUGAGGAGAAACACCAGAAGGCUGAGGAGACUAUUGCUCAGCUGGAGGUGGAGAAGUCUGACCUGAAGGACCAGGUGGAGAUACUGCGUGGAACAGUGCACGUCAUGGGGAACCUGCUCCACGCUGUUGAGGUGGAGAAGUCUGACCUGAAGGACCAGGUGGAGAUAGUGCGUGGAACAGUGCAGGACAUGGGUAGCCAGCUCCAUGUUGUUGAGGUGGAGAAGUCUGAACUGAAGGACCAGGUGGAGAUACUGCGUGGAACAGUGCAGGACAUGAGGAGCCUGCUCCAUGCUGUUGAGGUGGAGAAGUCUGACCUGAAGGACCAGGUGGAGACACUGCGUGGGAUAGUGCAGCACAUGAGGAGCCAGCUCCAUGCUGUCGAGUUGGAGAAGUCUGACCUGAAGGACCAGGUGGAGACACUGCGUGGAACAGUGCAGGACAUGGGGAGCCAGCUCCAUGUUGUUGAGGUGGAGAAGUCUGAACUGAAGGACCAGGUGGAGACACUGCAUGGAACAGUCCAGGAGAUGAGGAGCCUGCUCCAUGCUGUUGAGGUGGAGAAGUCUGAACUGAAGGAUCAGGUGGAGACACUGCGUGGAACAGUGCAGCACAUGGGGAACCUGCUCCAUGUUGUUGAGGUGGAGAAGUCUGAACUGAAAGACCAGGUGGAGACACUGCGUGGAACAGUGCAGGUCAUGGAGAACCUGCUCACUGAGAUUCACAGGGAGUGUGACAAGCUAAUGAAUGAGCUUCAGGUGAUGAAUGAUGAGAUGAAGAAGAGGCUGAUACGCACAGAGGAGUUACUGAAGGUCUCCCUGCCUGAAGCUGAGGAGAAACACCAGAAGGCUGAGGAGACCAUCGCUCAACUGGAGGUGGAGAAGCCUGACCUGACCAACCAGGUGGAGUCACGGCAAGAGAGUGUGCAGCACAUGGAGGACCUGCCAACUGAGACUCACAGGAUCAGUAAGGCAUUUUUAAGGGACAUCUGCAAGCAGAACAAGCUGUACCUGACCCCUAGCUUAAACGACAUGCUGCCUCUCCACUAUAAAGGUAUCAGCAUAAUCGAGGGUCUGGAGGAGUACACCAGCCUGCGCUGUCUCUAUCUCCAGGGCAAUGCGAUACGGAAACUUGAGAACCUGCAGAACCAGACAGAACUGCGAUGUCUUUUCAUCCACCAGAACCUCAUCCACACACUCGAGAACCUGGAGCCGCUCACCAAACUCAACACGCUCAAUGUGUCAAACAACUAUAUCAGGGUCAUCCAGAACAUCUCCUGCCUGAGCGAGCUGGCCACGUUCCAGAUUUCAAAUAAUCUACUGGAGAGUGUGAGCGAUUUGCAGGAGCUGUGUCACUGCCCCUCCAUCAGAGUCCUGGACCUGUCAAAUAACUGCCUCAACGACCCAGAAAUCCUCACUGUACUGGAGAAGAUGCCCAAUCUGAGCGUGUUAAACCUGAUGGGUAACGACGUCGUCAGGAAAAUUCCUGACUACAGGAAGUCGCUAAUCCUUCGUCUGAAGCAGUUGCAGUGCCUGGACGACCAUCCCGUGUUUCCUAAGGAGAGGGCCUUUGCAGAGGCUUGGGCCGUGGGAGGUAUGGAAGGAGAACGUAAGGAAAGAGAUUUAUGGCAAACAAGAGAAAGGAGGAAGAUUGAGGAGAGUCUGGAUGCCUUGAGACUCCUUGAAGAAAACACACUGGAGCGAAGACGAGCUCGAGAGCAGCAGCAGCAGGAGGAGAAUGUCAGUGUUUCAGGAACGUCCGAGACUGUAGAAGGUCAGAACGUGUCCGGUGUAGACCUCGAGCAGACCGAGCAAGAGCAGAAGGAGGAGGAGAAGGAGGAGGAGGAGGAGGACAUCCAGGUCGCAAUAAAAGAUCUCCCUGAUCUGGAUGAUCUGGAUGCCGUCAACAUGGAAACAGUGCCGAAGGAACAAAUCCUGAUUGAGGAGCUGAACUGAUGAUGUUUAUUCAAUAAAGUGUUUAAUGAGAGAUAUUUAAUUAUAUUGUACUGUAUUUGUGUAGAAAUUAAAAUAAGUAAAUAUUCUCUUAUGACAAAUCACCAUGAAUCGCUUGAAAUACACUGUGUUUGAAAAAAAUAAAACACAAUCUUCAGCUUAAAGGAAUCUACUAACUACUGACUGAAGAGCAAAA